AUGGAUAAUUUCUUUGAGCGCCAAGAUACAUGCGGAUAUAAAUUUGAUAUUGAUUCAAAGGGAAACGUAUUUAUAGUCGAGAUGAAAUUAGACGAAUAUGCAUUUGUUGUUGCACAGCUUCAAAAUUAUUUUGAAGGUGUCAUCUAUGGUCCUCCAAUAGAUGUUGGGGCUCACUAUCAACCAAAUGGAGGAGGAUUACCAUCAGCACCUGAUGUUGCUAUAUUUCCAAAUCCUACACGAAUUGUGGCAACUAAUCAAUUUAAUCGGCGUAUGAUUGCCAGACUUUAUACACGACAAACAACACCGUCGCCAAAUCAUGUAGCAAUAAUUGGACAACCAGGAGUAUAUUUUGAAGAGUGGGAAUUCGGUACUCUUGAUGUUAAUGGUAAUGCUACUGCUUGCAAUGGACUAGGUCUUCCUGCUUAUCAAAUUAAUAUUCCGGUACAAGAAGUAUUCUGGAACCCGCCUAUUGUUGGCGGAGUUCCUUCUACAGCUGGAUCUAUAUCAGAUUCAACAGGUGGUCUUACGAAAUCAGAGUAA